GUACGCUAGAAUACGGUCGUCAAUAUGCCGCACUCGGUUCUUAUCGGUUUUGCUGUGCUUGUAAUCUGCCACACAUCCCAAGCUGGUUACACAAAAUUCCCUGAUGGCUUCACAUUCGGUGUCGCUACAGCUGCUCAUCAGAUUGAGGGCGCUUGGAAUGUUAGCGGCAAAUCCGAAAAUGUGUGGGACCGCCUUUCCCACACUCGGCCCGAAAUGAUCGCCGACGGUACCAACGGCGACAUUGCGUGCGACUCCUACAAUCGGUACCGGGAGGAUGUGGAAGAGCUCGCCUACAUGGGGGUGGACUUUUACCGUUUCUCGUUCUCCUGGGCCCGAAUCCUGCCCAGCGGUCGCGUGGACUUCGUCAACCCCGACGGAAUACGCUACUAUCACGAUUUACUGGACGCUUUAGCCGAGAAGAACAUUGAACCUCUGGUUACACUUUUCCACUGGGACUUGCCACAAACUCUCCAGGACUUGGGAGGGUGGGCGAACCCAAAAAUGGUCGACUAUUUCCGUGACUACGCCGACCUGUGCUUCAAAGAAUUCGGAAGGAAAAUCAAAUCUUGGAUCACAUUCAACGAACCGUACGAAAUUUGCGAAGACGCCUACGGUGAUGAGAAGAAAGCACCAGCUAUCGACAGCCACGGCGUUGGCAACUAUUUGUGCAGUGACACCCUCCUAAAGGCGCACGCUGAGGCUUACCAUCUCUACAAUGAAACUUAUCGGCCUACUCAAAAUGGCAGGAUAAUGAUUUCCAUCAACUCCAUCUGGUAUGAGCCCAGCGACACUAAUAACGCCGAACAAGUGACAUUAGCUGAAGUCGCCAAUCAGUUCAAGUUUGGCUGGUUCGCUCAUCCGAUCUUCACGGAGGAAGGUGGCUAUCCUUCCGUCAUGGUUGAGAACGUGGCACAGCAGAGCGCUGCCGAAGGUCUCCCCAAGUCACGCUUGGAACAAUUCGACCAGUACUGGAUCGACAGAAUCAAGGGCACCUCCGACUUCCUGGGCAUCAACCACUACACCACCCACUUGAUCACCGGCGCCGGUGUGGACCCUAUUGCUAAAUCACCGUCAUGGCUUAAGGACAUCGGAGCCGUAACUACAAUGAAUGUCGGUGGCGAAUCCGCUUCGGAGUGGCUGAGGGUGGUGCCUACAGGGUUUGCCAACUUGCUGCGCUGGUGCAAGAGCUCAUACAACGAUCCACCUAUUUACAUCACCGAAAACGGCUUCUCCGACCGCGGUACUCUGCAAGACUAUGGACGCAUCAGUUAUUUUAAUGACUACCUGAGCGAAAUACUCAAUGUGAUCUAUGAUGACAACGUAAAGGUGCUCGGUUAUACGGCGUGGACGCUGAUGGACAACUUUGAAUGGAGAGCUGGCUUCUCUGAGCGUUUUGGUUUCUACUUUGUCGACAUUACACAACCAGACAGGCCUAGGACUCCGAAACUGUCUGUGGAAUAUUUCCGUCAGUUGCUGGCCACGCGCGAGCUGCCGCAAGACGAACGGUUUAAAGAUCCUUCUAUGAGGCGCCUGUGAAUAAGGAAUGGCAUGACACUUGCUUUGUAAAUACUAAGCUGGCACCUAAGAUCUAUAGCUUAAUACCAAAAUGUGUGCG